AUGGCUUAUGCACAAGACGGACAUUGCGGGGAAGAGACAGCACCAGAGGACACGUCAGCAGGAGCGGAGGCCGCGCGCUUCGUGGUGGGGUCCAGGAUAUGGGUGGCGCAUGAGAAGGCGGCGUUUGCUGCAGCUGAAGUCACGGCGGUGCAGGACAAUGGGGAGACCGUUGAGGCCAUUCUCGUGGAUCCCAAGGGGGACGACAAGGCGGCGUUCGCUGCAGCUGAGGUCACGGCGGUGCAGGACAAUGGGGAGACCGUUGAGGCCAUUCUCGUGGAUCCCAAGGGGGACAACAAGUGCUUCCCCAGGGAGGAGGACGAGGAGAAGAUGAAAGGGGAGGCUGGUGAUAUCAUCUGCACCAGUGGGCUCACAUCCCGUACCCUCAACCCCACGCCUCUCUGCAGUCACACUUAUCCCCCACCUUCGCCCUGGCCCUUUCUACAGGUGAUCAUCCCCGCGCGGGAGUGCUUUCCCAGGAAGGAGGACGGGGAGAAGGACCCCACAGACGGACGAUAUGGGAGGCUGGACCACCUGCACGAGCCUGGCGUUGUGCUCAUCCCCGCGCGGGAGUGCUUCCCCAGGGAGGAGGACGAGGAGAAGGACCCCAAGGAUGACAUGGUGAAGCUGGACCACCUGCACGAGCCGGGCGUGCUGCACAAUCUCAAGCGGCGCUACGUGCGCAACGCCAUCUACACAUACACAGGCACCAUUCUCAUCGCAGUCAACCCCUUCAUAUACCUGCCAGGCCUCUACCACCCGCAGCUCAAGAGCCAGUACCGCAACGUGCCGCUGGGGCAGCUCAGCCCACACGUAUUCGCCAUUGCGGAUCAUGCUUACAGGUCCAUGAGGGAGGCAGGGCGCAGCCAGUCUGUUUCAAUCAGUGGGGAGAGCGGUGCUGGCAAGACAGAGACCACCAAGCUGGCCAUGGAGUACCUGGCGGGGGCAAGGGUGGCGGAUAGGGCCCCACGUACCCUGCUGCCCUUAACCCCCCAGCCCCUCACUCCGUCCUUCUCCCCCACCGACACUCACACUCCCGCAGGUCCAUGCGGGAGGCGGGGCGCAGCCAGUCGGUCCAUGCGGGAGGCGGGGCGCAGCCAGUCGGUGCUGAUCAGUGGGGAGAGCGGUGCUGGCAAGACAGAGACCACCAAGCUUGUUAUGGAGUACCUGGCGGGGGCAGGGGUGGCGGAUAAGGCUGCUGCUGCUGCUGCUGGGGCUGCAGGGGCUGUGGGCAUGGGGGGCGGGAGGAGAGGGAGGCGGGGAGGGGUGGAAGCGGUUGUGUCUGCUGAAUCGACCCAGUGUGUUGAGAGAGUGCUGCAGUCGAACCAAGUGCUCGAGACUCGAAUCAAGUACUGGAGACGUUUGGGAACGCCAAGACAAUGCGCAACGACAACUCAUCGCCCUUUCCCCUCAUCCCCGAUUGCCCCCUCAUUCCCCCCUCUUUCCUCAUCCCGCCUACCCCCUUCGUCCCCCUCCUUCCCUCCUCCACCCCAGUCGAACCAAGUCCUGGAGACGUUUGGGAACGCCAAGACAGUGCGCAAUAACAACUCGAGUCGCUUUGGCAAGUUCAUUGAGAUUCACUUUGACAGCGAUGGCAGGGUGACAGGAGCAGCCAUUCGUCGUUUCGGCAAGUUCAUUGAGAUUCACUUUGACAGUGACGGCCGAGUGACAGGGGAAGCCAUUCUCCACGCCCUUCGCUUUGGCAAGUUCAUUGAGAUUCACUUUGACAGUGAUGGCAGGGUGACAGGGGCAGCCAUUCUCCAUGCCCUGCGCUCUGCUCAUUCUCCAUCUCACCCCCCACCCACCCCUCGCCCCCCAUCCUCAUUCCACGACCCCUCUCCCGCCCACCCCUCCCCCACCAGUCGCUUCGGCAAGUUCAUUGAGAUUCACUUCGACAGCGACGGCAGGGUGACAGGGGCAGCUAUUAGAUCGUACCUGCUAGAGCGGUCCAGAGUGGUGCAGAUCAGUAGCCCUGAGCGCUCCUACCACUGCUUCUAUCAGCUGCUCUAUGGGGCCACACCCGAGUCGACCUGGUUAAGAGUGGUGCAGCUUUCUAGCCCGGAGCGCUCCUAUCACUGCUUCUAUCAGCUUCUCUAUGGGGCCACGCUCGAGGAGGGCAUACUCGCAGUGGUGGCAGCGAUACUGCAUCUGGGCAACGUGGAAUUCAUUCGACCCGACCAGAGGGCACUGACGGGACAGCUGUUGCUCAUGCUUCUCCCAUUGCCGUGCCCCAUUCCCUCAUCACCCCAUCACCCCAUUCCCCACCACCAGGAGGGCAUAUUCGCAGUGGUGGCAGGCAUCAUGCAUCUGGGCAACAUGGACUUAACGCAGCCGGAGAGCACGGAUGGAGCAGGGCAGGGAGGGCAUAUUCGCAGUGGUGGCGGCCAUUAUGCAUCUGGGCAAUGUGGAUUUUACGCAGCUGGAGAGCACGGCUGUGCCGUGCUGUCGAACAUGAGGGCAUAUUCGCAGUGGUGGCUGGCAGUCAUAAUGCAUCUGGGCAAUGUGGACUUCAUGCAGCCAGAGAGCACGGAUGGGACAGGCGAGCAGCCCUUCACUCAUGCUCCUCACACCUGCUCUUCCACUCCUGCUCUUCACUCGUGCUCAUUGCUGCCAUCUCCCCCAUCUCAGGAGGGCAUAUUUGCAGUGGUGGCGGCCAUUAUGCAUCUGGGCAACGUGGACUUCAUGCAGCCAGAGAGCACGGAUGGCACAGGAGAGCUCCCCUCUCUGGUGGCAAAGAACGACAAGGCAGAGGCUGCAAAGAGCAGCCUCCUCUGGUGGCAAAGAACGACAGGGGGUGGGCUGUAUGCUGCUGUCAGUGUGGGUGGCACCGUGGCAUGGAAUGGCGAGCAGAAGAGCAGCCUCCUCUGGUGGCAAAGAACGACAGGGGGUGGGCUGUAUGCUGCUGUCAGUGUGGGUGGCACCGUGGCAUGGAAUGGCGAGCAGAAGAGCAGCCUCCUCUGGUGGCAAAGAACGAUAGGGGGUGGGCUGUAUGCUGCUGUCAGUGUGGGUGGCAUGGAAUGGCGAGCAGAAGAGCAGCCUCCUCUGGUGGCAAAGAACGACAGGGGGUGCGACGAAACCGCGCUGUGGGACUCGCUGGUCUCUCAGACGCGCAAGUUCGGGCGGGAGGUCAUUAAGAGCCCGCUGGAUCCCAAGAAGGCGUCAGUCAAGCGAGACACCCUCGCCAAGUUCCUUUACUCGCGCCUCUUCGACUGGAUUGUGUCAAAGGUCAACGAGAGCAUCGGCCAGGACCCCAACCACGCGUCCAUCAUCGGAGUCCUUGAUAUUUAUGGCUUCGAGCACUUCAAAGUCAACAGUUUUGAGCAGCUGUGUAUCAAUCUCACCAACGAAAAGCUGCAGCAGCAUUUCAACUCGCACGUGUUGAAGCAGCAGCAGGAGGAGUACGAGGCAGAGGGCAUAGAUUGGUCUCGGAUUGAUUUCGUUGACAACCAAGACGUGCUCGAGCUGGUUGAAGGGAAUCAAGGUAUUCUUGCACUCCUGGACUCUGCCUGCAAGCUAGACAGCUCCACGCCUGAGACCUUCUGCCAGACGCUCUACAGCACGUUGGGCAAGCACAAGCGGUUCUCCAAAUCCAAGAUGUCGCGCUCUGACUUUAGUGUCAAGCACUAUGCUGGCAAGGUGAAGUACCAGGCAGAGGAGUUUCUGGUAAAGAACCUCGAUGCCCUGGUGCCAGAGCAUGAGGAGCUGCUGGCACGGUCGCACUCUGCCUUUGUGCGAACGCUCUUCCCACCGCCCGAGACCGGGAAGGCAGGGAAGGCCGUGUCCCUGGGGAAGAGGUUCAAGGAGCAACUGGGCGAGUUGAUGCGCACGCUCAACGCAACCGAGCCGCACUAUGUGCGGUGUGUGAAGCCCAACAAGGACCUCAAGCCGCAGAAGUUCUCCAACACGCUUGUGGUGGAGCAGUUGCGAUCAGGGGGUGUGCUAGAGGCAGUGCGACUUUGCUCCACGGGCUACCCAGCUCGGCGCACGUUUGAAGACUUUGAGGCACGGUUCAGCCCGCUGCUGCCGAGCCAAGAAAGAAAAAGGCUAGCUGGACAGCACCAGGAGAUGAUUCAAGCAGUUAUGGCCCAGGCAGAGCUGGAAGACUAUCAGAUCGGCAAGACAAAGGUGUUUAUGAAGGGCUUGCAGCUGGUGACGCUCGAGACUCUCCGUCUCGACCGUAUGAACCUCGCUGCCACCAAGAUCCAGAGGGCCGUUCGGCGAUUCUUGUGGAAGCAGGAGCGCAAGCGGGCUGCUGUUGUCAUUCAGAAGCACUGGAGAGCCUACCGAGCUAGGAAGCUAUUGAGGGAGUUGAGGGAGGACGCAGCAGCCCUUGUCAUUCAGAAGCACGUGCGGCGUUUCCUAAUGGAGAAGCGCUUCUGGGAGCUCAAGUUUGCAGCGAUCGUGAUUCAGAAGAAUGUGCGCAUGCAGCAGGCGAGAAAACGAUACAUCCUGCUCAGGAGGACGCUAGCUACCAUUGUCAUUCAGCGCUACUGGCGGGGCCAUAGGGUGCGCAAGCCGUGGGGUGCCAUGCGGCGGUGCCUGCAAGUGAAGGUGGCUCGGAUGAGAUUGAAGAAGAUGAAGGAGGCGGCACAGCGGGCGGCACUGCUUGCCCCGGCGCGCACCAAGGUGGAAGCUUCAAUGGACGAGCUGCGCAUCGCUAUGCUGCGCGGCCUCAAGGUGGAAGCUUUCAUGGACGAGCUGCGCAUCGCCAUGCUGCGUGGCCUCAAGACGUGCUCUGCCAACGCACCAACCAAGGUAGAAGCUCCCUUGGCUGUGGUCUUGCUAUGUGGACGAACUGCGCUUCACUAUGCUGCGCUUCACUAUGCUGCGCUUCACUAUGCUGUGCUUCACUAUGCUGCGCUUCACUAUGCUGCGCUUCACUAUGCUGCGCUUCACUAUGCUACGCUUCACUAUGCUGCGCUUCACCGUGCUGCGCUUCAUUCUGCUGCGCUUCAAUAUUCUGCGCUUCACUACGCUGCGCUUCACUAUGCUGCGCUUCACUAUGCUGCGCUUCACUAUGCUGCGCUUCACCGUGCUGCGCUUCAUUCUGCUGCGCUUCAAUAUUCUGCGCUUCACUAUUCUGCGCUUCACUAUGCUGCGCUUCACUAUGCUGCGCUUCACUAUGCUGCGCUUCACUAUGCUGCGCUUCCAAUGCUGCGCUUCACUAUGCUGCGCUUCACUAUGCUGCGCUUCACUAUGCUGCGCUUCACUAUGCUGCGCUUCACUGUGCUGCGCUUCAUUAUGCUGCGCUUCAUUAUGCUGCGCUUCACUAUUCUGCGCUUCAAUAUUGUGCGCUUCACUAUGCUGCGCUUCACUAUGCUGCGCUUCACUAUGCUGCACCGCAUCAAGCAACACGAGGAGAAGAAGCGGCAAGAGGCAGAGGACAACGCAAGGAGAAGAAGCGGCACGAGGCAGAGGAGUCAGUCCAGCGCCUCAUCUCGUGCUCUCUCCCUUUCCCCCCUCCUCCCUCCCACUCAGCAACGCGAGGAGAAGAAGCGGCAUGAGGCAGAGGAGUCAGUCAAGCGCCUCACCCAUGAGAUGGCAACCUUAAACCACGAGAUCUCUCAGCUAAAAGCCGCUCUUAACAAAGAGAAGCACCGGGCAGAGAAAGCCGAGGAGCUCCUGAAACUCGUCCCCCGCAGCGUUUUACAGCAGACUGUCGCCCACCAGGGCUUCCCCCGUGUACUUUCCCGAACGGGAAGUGUUUCCUCUUAUAGCAACUACCUCCGAUCCAGGGGUCCCACUGCCCCGUCCAGCCCCAAGGUUGAAGGAGGGGGGUGGGGAGCAGGCGGCGGAGGGGCAGAAGGGGAAAGAGGAGGAGGCGGGGGAGUGGGAGCAGAGGCUACUGGGAGCGUUUUGUCUGCAGCAGCAGCGGCGCUUGGCGGCGGGCAUAGCAGUAGCGCGGGGGGUCCAACAGAGCAUCCCACAGAGCAUCCUGAGUUGAGAAUCCCGGCUGCUCGAAGCAAAGGCGGAGGGGGAUCAGGAUCAGUGCCUGCUGCCCGGUCUCUCCGACCCAGCCCGAGCACCAAAAUCUCGCCUUCUUUCUCCUCCGCAUCCUCCUCCCUGUCGGGAAGUCCAUCGGUGUUAGUGCCUUCUGCUCGAUCUCUCCGACCCAGCCCGAGCGCCAGAAUCCCACCUUCUUUCCCCCCUUCCUCCGUGUCGGGAAGUCAAGCGGUUGGGCACGGUUCAGUGGUUAAGCCGCCGCCGUCUCGAGGGCCUAGCGUGGGCGGCAGCAGUGGUGGUGGUGGUGGUCCUGGCUGUAGCGGCGAUGGGAUGCACAGCCCGCUACAGCCGGGCCCAGAGCUGCUUGUUGCUGCUGGGGAGCAGACUGGGAGCCUAAGUGCAGGUGGUGAUGACUCUGGUGAUGAUGGUGCUGCAGUUGCCACUGUAGCCGCUGCUGAUGUGGCCGGUGCUGAUUUGGCGAGUGCUGAUGUGGCUGGUGCUGUUGAAACCGGGCUGGGAGCAGACCUGGACGGAGUGCGGCACUCGUGGAAAGUCCUCGCGACCCUCUCUGAUGAUGACGUGGCAGCUCCUCCUGCUGCUGCUGCGUGGCAGCAGGCUUCCCAAGGCAGUCGAAGCACCUCCCACAUGGUCCGCGGCACCACCCGCAGCAACAGCCUGCAGAAAGCAUUAGCAGGGACAGGAAGCAUGUCAAUGAAAGAAGGCAGGUUGGGGGCUGCUGGGGGGAUCGGCAGCAGCAGCAGCAGGAACCUUGGGGGGAACAGCAGCAAGGGUUUCUCAGGGAGCGGCAGUGGCAGUGGGAGCGGAAGCAGGAGCGGGAGGGGGAUUGCAGGCAGCAGGUCAAUGCGAUGGGGCGCACAUGCGUCUCGGUUGAGCCAUAUGUCCACUGCAGGAGAGGUGGGAGAGGUCUCUGCUGCCAUGGGGAUCUUCAUGGUUGCUACAACUCGGGAGGAAGGCUUGGGAGGUUUGAAAGAGGAUGGAGCAGAGGGAGGAGGAGGAGGAGGAGCAGGAGAAGCGGCAGCAGGAGGAGCGGAAGCAGGUGGGAAAAGCAGCAGCCCUUGGUCUCGCGUGCGUGCUCUGGCCCCCAAGAUCCUGCAAGUCGCGUCUGAAACAGGCGCAGGCGGAGCAGGAGGAGGAGGAGCAGUAAGAGGAGCAGGAGGGAUGGGCAUGGGCAUGGGAGGGGGUUCAUCCUCGUCAUGGAGUGGCAUGUUUGCAGCUAUGGCGCGCAGUGUGGUGCAGUUAGAGGAGCUUAGAGAAGAGGUGGUGGCGAUGAGAGGCACUUUGGGGGAGACGGAGAGGAGGCUGCAGGAGGCGGAGGAGAGGGCGGAGAGGGCGGAAGGGGAGGUGCGGGAGAAGGGAGAGGAGGUGGAGGAGUUGAGAGGGCAGGUGGGCAUUCUUAUGGAGCGACUCAAGAGCAAGGACAACGACGUGCGCCAGCUGUCAGAAACCCUCUCGCAGCACCGUGCCCAAUCGGCCGCUGCUGCCACUGCUGCUGCACAUUCUGCCGCACAUUCUGGUGUGCAGUCAACAGGGGGACCAGCACCAGCAGCAGCGCCGGCAGCAGGAGGAGCAGGGUUCAAUCCCGCUCUGGCCCGAUUGGCAGCGGCCAGUCUCGGUCCUUCAAAACCCGUUGCCCCUCCUGGUGGUAAGGCGGCCCCCAGUGGCGGUGUUUCCCCCCGCCCCAUUCCCCCCAUCUCCACCCACUCCUCCUACCCCCAGCCCCCCGCCUCGCCAACUCACCCCCAGCAACAAGCGGCAACAGCAGCAGGAGCAGGAGCAGCAGCAGCAGCAGGGGGAGCAGGAGCAGGGGGGGCAGGAGCAGGGGGAGCAGGAGCAGGGGGAGCAGGAGCAGGGGGAGCAGGAGCACAAUCAGGGUCGGAAUCGAGAGCAGCAGAGUCAGGAGCAACAAGUUCGGGAGCAACAAGUUCGGGAGCAAGAGCGGGAGAGACAGGAGAAGCAGGGUCAAAGGAUUCAGGAGGAGCAGGGGAUUCGGCGUCAGCACUUGCGGUGUGGAGUGUGGCUCGAGUGGCCAGUGGGGAGGCGAGUGGGGAGAUGAUGGGAAACGCAUCAAAAUCGCUGGCUGCAAUUGAGUAUGAUGACGCUUCCAUUGCUCGCAUCCAGGAAAACCCCCCGGAGUCCGUUCUCAUAUUCCUCACUACGCACAUCAUCGGCCUCUCCCCCCAAGGCCUCCCUCUGGCCGCCCCAGCCAUCUACCGCUCCCUCCUCCACUUUGGUGCCUUCCCCCCCGCCUCCUCCCCCUCCGCCCCCGCCCUCCUCUCCUCCACCAUUCGCCACCUGCAAGCCGCCAUCCUUCCCGAAGAGGAAACCCUUGCCAUUUUGGGAGAAGGGGUGGGGCCGGGUGGGGUGCCGGCUGUGAGGGUGAACGAGCAGUGCUACUGGUGUGGAACGGUGAAAGAGCAGUGCUACUGGCAGUCGAAUGUGGCAUGUCUGAUGCUGCUGGUUGAGGUGGUAUAUGAACCUGCCGCUGCUGCAGCUGCAGAAAAGCCCAAGCCUGCUGCUGGGUCCAACUGCGAUGCAACUCGUCAGCAUCAUCAGCAGCAGCAGCCAGCGCUGGGCUCAGUUGAAUUCUUGGAGUUCAAGCAGAAGCUCGCAGAUCUGCUGGAUGAUGCCUUUCUGGAGCUCCGUGCUUCCGUCAACCUUGAACUGCAGACUCUUGUCUCGCUCCUAGCGCAGGCCCCGUCAUUCAGCGAUGCAACUCGUCAGCACCAGCAGCACCAACAGCAGCAGCAGCCAGCACUGGGCUCGGUGGAGUUCCUCGUGUUCAAGCAGGAGCUCGCAGUGCUGCUGGACGAUGCGUUUCUGGAGCUCCGUGCAUCUGUCAACCUUGAAUUGCAGACUCUGGUCUCCCUCUUGGCACAGAGCCCCACCGCAAACGCACAGCACAUGCGCGAGUUCUGGGCGGCAGCGCUUGUCUCGUUGCGGAGCGCGGUGGGGUGCAUGCAAGCCAACCGCGUGCCGACCGUGCUGGCCCGCCACCUCCUCUGGCAGGUGCUGCACUUCCUGGACGUGCGCCUCUUCAACGGCCUCAUGCUGCGAAGCCACUGGUGUCCCAUCACACUCGCCAACGGGGAGGCCAUGGAGCAAGGGCUGCUGGCGCUGGAAGCAUGGCUGUCAGAGCACGUGCACCCGUGGCUGGAUGGAGCAGCAGCGGGCAUGGGCAUGAGCAGGAGCGUGGGGAGCCUCGGAGCAGGCACUGCUGCUGGAAGCGUGGGGGGAGGGUCACGGGCGAUGCUGAUUGACGCUCUUCAACACACGUACCAGGCAGUGGUAUUGCUGACCUCCAAGCAGAAGGCACGGAAGACCAUGGAGGAGGUGGUGUCGAUGUGCCCCUCGCUCAACUUCACUCAGCUCACCAUCCUGUGCUCGUGGUUUGAGGACGAGGUGUACGGAUCCCGGGGGUUCGACAGGGCCGUGCUGCAGCAGCUGAGAGGUGCAGGGGAGGACUACGAAUCUGAACUGCUUGAGGCGUUUGAAGGCUGUGGUGGCAGCAGUGCCGCCCAUCAACUCAUUCCCCGUCCACUAUGUCCCUUUCACGCCCAUCCACACCCCGCCAAUGCCUGUCACACCCCUCUUCACCACUGUUCACCCCUCUUCAUCCCUCCUCACCCCCUCCCCACCCCCAGCCUACCAUUCACCCCCACGGCUGUGGUAGCAGCAGUGCCGCCAAUCAACCCGUUCCUCGUGCCACCGCCGCAGUUCCUCCCUCCCGCCCCUGCAUUCGACUUCCUUCGCCAACAGCAGCCGCAGUAA